CUUGAGUUGGUGGUAGUUGACCGUGGUACCCCCCGGGGAUGGUGGCAGUCAUGUAAACAGUCGAGCAGCAGUUCGGCCCGAGUGCUGUGCAAAGGAACUUCAAGAUGAACCAACAACAACAACAACAGCACUAUCGACCAUACACACCAUCAUCAGCAUCAGCAUCACCAUCACCAUCAAAUAUCAAACGAAACAACUCACCAGCAUCCAGAACAACAACAACAACACCCACUGACACCCCUACCAACAGAUCACCAUCAAACCUCAAACUCAACCAGGUACCAUUCCGAUCAGGCUUUCAACCCAAGGGUGUCUAUCGUGAUCGGACCGAAGAACUGAUCACUGCCAGGAACUCAAGACAAGAAUCUAAGAGACUCGAGGAAGCUAGACUCCAGAAACGACUAGAGAAAUUAAUCCAACUGCAUUUCCCAGCAGAAAACAAUCAACAAUCAGCCACACAGGAUGGCCAACAAGAUCAAAACCAGCCAUCCCUCAUCAAUCUAUCACAGAAACUGAUCGGGAUCGUCAAACAUGUGGGUCAUGAUCGGGGAGAGUUUGGAGGGAUCAAUCUAGUAGGGCAGAAUGGAAGCAUCCGAGCCCAAGAGCAGAGGAUCGUACGAUGGCAGGAGGAUGGAGAGGUGAAAGAAUGCAAGUACUGUCAGACCGCAUUCGGGCUACGGAUUCGGAAGCACCAUUGCAGACUAUGCGGCUCGGUCGUCUGUUUCUCACCGCCAUGGACGACUGGUCAACGCGAGCGAUGUUCGACGAUGAUCCGGUUCGAGUGGGAGAGAGCGACGGAGAGUCGGACGGAGAAGGGAAUCCACGGAAGAAUCAUCCAGCUCUCCGAACAGGAGAUGGGCAUCGUCGACGACCCCCACUCCGUCCUCGACCUCAUCUCCUCUUCCUCCACUAACCCCGUCCCGGCUCACAUCCCCCCUAAACCUCGAAAGGGCGUCCGCGUCUGCUCCCAUUGUCUCGCUAUCAUCCUCAGGCGUCAGGCUAUGACUUAUCCCCCCAAAAUCCCUGACUACAUCCAUCUCUAUGCGAGCCUGAAACGAAUCCAAGACGAAAUCGAAAAAGCAAUCCCUGAUUUCCAAGAGCUUUUAUCGAGCUCCAAACAUCCGAAUUCGAACUUGAACCCAUCUUCGACGAGUGAUCUGCCGAUCAAGCUCCUGACGAUCCGCCGCAAGCUAUUGACGAACCUGUCGUUAUUCGACGCGCAUUCGAAGAAGCUGAUCGGACAAGUCGCGAGACGGGAGGGUGAGAACGGCUCGGAGGCCCGCUUGGUCAGCGCAAUCACGACGAGGGCGGGCCUGUUCCUGCGGGACCACAUGAGUCUGAUCCGUUCCUUAGGCCUGCUCGAAACCCAACCCACUCCUCAGCCAAAACCUUCUUCUUCUACUACUACCACUACUAUGAGAGCUACUAGACCAAGACCUUCUUCGUCAUCCUCCUUACCAACCAGUCUGCCUCAACCUAAUCCUCUCGCCUCAACUCCUCCCAAUAAACUUCACAUCAAAAACCUUAGCAUCUCCUCUGAGACUAAUCAUUCCAUUCAUUCUCAGGAAGAUACUCAUCACAUUCUCGUCCAACUUAACGUCCUCCUCGAACAAGAAAAUCGCAUCGAAGGCUUCCUGGCUCUUGCCCAAUCUAAACGCCAACUCGAAGACGUCGCUAGUCUCAAAUCUUCCCUAGACGAUCUGAGAGAAGAAAUUGCAAAUUUGAAGAAAUCUCUUUUAUGAUCUCUUUCUCUUCAUUACUAACAAACAGACCAACCUCUACAAUACAUCCUAUCGUGGGAGUUUUCAUUACACUACUUUCAUACAUACAGUACACACACAUUUCUUUUUUUUUUUUGUUCAUGCAUUACAACACCCAUAGACACAUCUUCAUUUUUUUUUUGUUGGAUUCAUUUUUAUUGUCUCUUCUCCCUUUUGUUGGUUCAAAUUUUGUUCACAUUAUAUUGUACUAGGACUUGAUAAAAUUUUAUAUUUAUCAGAUUAGAUGUAGUUGUGUUCAUGAUCUGUUUUUGCAUAAUUUUCCAACAUCAAACAAUCAAGGUGACCAGGUUUUUUGUUUUCGGGAAAGUAUCAAGGACAGAAGAAAAAAAAAGACAGUCA